GUCGGAGCUGGCCGGGCCGCCUGGGCGCUGAGCAUAUGGCCAUGGCUUCGCCGGCCGUGGGGCAGCAGUUCCCGUACCCGCCGGUGCUGCUGGACCAGGAGCAGCAGCUCUUCCUGCAGAGCCUGAGCGCCAACGAGCGCAAGAAGAUCCUCAAGCGCUCCGCUUCCAAUGACAUGAAGCCGCAACCCCGCCGCCGGCAGCACAAGGACUCGCGGCAGCAGCAGCAGCAGCAGCAGCAGCCCCCCGCCCUGCUGCCCCAGUGGGGCGCAGACCAGCUCCGGGCCGGCAAGGCGGGCCCCACCGGCGCCCCACCACUGCCUCUGCGCCCCGCGGCCGCCGGGAGGCACCUGGCAGAGCCGGAGCGCGCCGGGAGAGCGGCCAAGGGCAGAGCCGAGCCGCUGCCGUCGCCGCUGCUUCUGGGCGCCCGGAGCUUAGUGGCGGGAGAGGAGGAGGACGGCGACAAGGUGGCCCUUUGCCGGGAGCCUCCCGUGCCGCCCGGUCCGGCGGCCAAGCCCUCCCGGCCGGGACUGGCGCACCACCAGCGCCUGCGGCUGCGGUCCGGCGCGCCUCGCCUGCUGCCCGACGUGCGCACCAUCUUCGAGCAGCCGCGGGACCCCCGAGUGCCGGAGGAGAGGGGCGAAGGGCACCGCUUCGAAGGCUUCGCCCUCUGGCCGGGCUGGUGCGACCUGUGCGGGGAGGCCGUGCAUCAGAGGGCGCUGCGCUGCACCAAUUGCAAGUACACCUGCCAUCAGGAAUGCAAAAGCCUCAUCCAGUUGGACUGCAGCCAGCAGGAAGGGCAGACCCGCAACAAACCUUCACCAGAAAAUACUUUAACCCGGAACUACUACCAGAAUGCAACGAAAAUAGCGGAAGAAGAAAAACCCAGACCUCCCACCAUCCAAGAGCUGAAACAGAAGAUUGACAGUUACAAUUCAAAAGUCAACAACUGCUUGCUGAUGAAGCUGAAUGAUGAUGGCACUUACACAGGCUUCAUCAAAGUGCACCUCAAACUGCGCCGGCCUGUGACAGUCCCAGCAGGCAUCAGGCCACAGUCCAUCUAUGAUGCCCUCAAGGAGGUCAACAUAGCCAACAUGACAGAAAAGAGAACAUCCUUCUACUUGCCACUGGAUGCCAUCAAGCAGCUGCACAUCAGCAGUACCACCACUGUCAGUGAGGUCAUCCAGGGACUGCUGAAGAAAUUCAUGGUGGUUGACAACCCGCAGAAAUUUGCACUUUUCAAGCAGAUGCAGAAAGAUGGCCAAGUUCUUUCCCAGAAACUCUCGGUAACAGAGUAUCCUUUGUACCUCCGACUUGUAGCUGGUCCUGACACAGACAUUCUCAGCUUUGUGUUGAAAGAAAAUGAAACCGGGGAGGUUGAGUGGGAUGCCUUCUCUAUUCCAGAGCUACAAAACUUCCUAGUAAUACUUGAGAGGGAAGAAAAGGACAAAAUCCAGCAAGUGCAGAAAAAGUAUAACAACUUUAAACAAAAACUACAGGAGGCCUUGAAAGAAGCCAACGGGAAGCCUGGAUAACAAAACAUGGAAGUGUGACUAGUGAUAAACUUACAAACGUUAUAAUUAUUUAAAAACUUUAAAUCAAGACUUUUUUCUCAGGACACUUUCAAUUGGUUGCUGUUUAAGACCUGAUCAGAGCUGGUAACUAUCGAAUGGAAAUUGACGUUUCAAAUCCGCCGGCCCUCCAGAAACCAAAAACGAAUGCUGCUUCUCCUUCCACCACACUCACUUAAUGGCGCAGCCAGGAAACUUUGCAGCAAAUGCUGAAUGUCCAAGGAACUGGGUUGCUUGCACUGUAAAUGCAGAGGGCCAGACCAAACCUGCUAGCUUCCUUCUUUUUUUGAUGCCAGUAUCUUGGCUGCUGAAUUUGUGUAUGUGUGGCAGAAGUGCAAUGAAUGUGCUUUCUUUGGUCAUUUCAUCACAUGCAGAAUGUGGUAUCAGAAGCUCUGCAUUAGCAGUGGAGUAUUAUUGCUCUGGUAUAUGCGUGUGGGUGUGGACACUGUAGGGCAGAGGUCUGCAACCUGCGACUCUCCAGAUGUUCAUGAACUACAAUUCCCACCAGCCCCUGUCACCUGGCAAGGGCUGAUGGGAAUUGUAGUUCAUGAACAUCUGGAGAGCCGCAGGUUGCAGACCCUUGCUGUAGGGGAUGCCAAACAGUGGUUGCACAGUAUGAAGAGAGUUAACUAAUUCUCAGACAGGCUAGAAAACUAGAGCUGGUCUUGAUGAGUGUUAGAGUGUUGUUGGCCUUGAGCAGGAGUUUAUAUUUUCUCAGGGGGAAAGUCAGCUGCUUUUACUUUAUUUUAUGUGCACCUCAGGGGGGCUGUUUUCUUGGUUAAGCCCCCACUCUAAUAUUUAAAACUUGACCCCAGAACUGCCAACUUAGUUCCCUUUUACCUUGUAGGAAUUGGGACCAUUGUGUCUGAUAAUGAAAUGAUUUUGGCACUCAGCGUUAAACCCAGGUCUUCUAGUAGAAAACUAUGCCAGGAACCUGAGGAGGAGAGGAUCCUGUUAUCAGAACACAGGCGGCUGCCCACUUGGCAGUUCCUCGUUCCCUGCAGUGGGGUUGUCAAUUGCAGGCAACUCAACCUGACUGAGGUGGUACAAGUUACAACCAAUUAAUUUGGUUCUAGUAUGGCAAAGAUCUCACAUACUUAAGUUAAUGGGAUCUGUAGAAAUCAUUAAUUUAGUCACUCCUGAAUGCCUUACAUGUGGUGCCCUUCAGCUGUCAUUUUUUGUUUUGUUUUAUAAGGUUCUUCUGUGCAAUACUGGGAAAUUUUAAAAAUAUGUUCUAAAUGGACUGUUACGAGAAAGGUGCUUAGGAGUCAAACAGUGCAACUGAAAGCUACUUUGAACUAUUCCUGCUUAAAGAUUUAUUUUAGAUGUGUGAGCAGACUUGAGGUGCCAUUCUAACAUAGCCAGAACAGUGCAGGAGUCACUGGACCGCAUCUGAGAGAGGCAGUUAUAGGGGGAUGGGGAUGAUGGUAGUGGUAGUGGUGAUUCAGUGGGGAAGAUCUACUCAGUUCAGUCAUUCUGGCACAGCUGCAUGGGUCACUUCAUGGAAAAACAGCUCCCAACAUAGCUGUGGCUAGGGUAGAAUGUUAUUCAAUGCUGUCAGGAUGGGUACAGCUUGCUAGCUAUAGUAGGACUAUCUGUCCCCCUCUUUUUGUCUAUAAUUGCUGGCUCCAAGAGGCAAAGGAUUUAAUCUCUUCCUGUCCCCAGCACACAGUCUUGAGUGAGUUUGGCUCAGAGUUCUCCACAAGGGGAAAUUGCUUAAAUUGGGUUGAGUGUGUUGGUUGCCUGUAAGCCUGGGGAAGGCAGUAUGGGACGCCAACCUGUAUCCUUGCCUGUUCAGAUCCCAUAAGGUUUGCAGUACCAAGCCUCCAGGAAGUUUUACUGUGCAGUGGCUGGGAAGAAGAGGACACCCCCCCCCCCCCACAUUUUACUAUUGUUACUAUAGUGGUAAUCAGAAGGCAUGGUCCAGCUGAUUUUUCAUAACUUUGUGGGUUGUGUACAGCGCCAGUUCUCCUAGACCUGCCCUUGCUGUAUCCUUGGUAGCUUUCUUGAUCUUCUCUAGGCAGGCCAUUGAAAGAGGAUUAGUUCACUUUCCUGGGAGAAUAAAGCUGCUGUGCUUUCUGAAGAUGAUAGGGCUGAGAAGAACAACUGGUACAGCACGAAGAAGGCAAAGGACACAAAUAAGCACAUGCCUGCCCUGAAUAUAAAUUACUCAAAAUCUUCAUAAGCACUGUGGAUAUGGUUGGCUUAGUCCAUUGAGGAAGGACUCUAGGAGUUCUGUCAAUGUGGCACCAGUGAGAGUGAGAAAAAUGAAAACAAAGGACAGUUUUGUAAGUCACUGACCUUUAUCCUAAGAAUGGUAAGUAUUCCUUUUUAAUAAAUUCAAUAGCUUUUUGGAGCCUGGGCUGCUCCAACUCCCCUCAGCAUGUCUUGAACAUUUUUCUAGAAGGCAUGACUUCUUAUGCAAUUUAUGUGAAUGCUGCUGACUAAGCCUCCUGAAAAACAGGAGGGUUUUUUUUCUUUUAUAAAAAGAUGUUGUAGACAUGGGGCACCAAGAAGAAACAAAAUUAGUGAUGCUCCACUUGCAAGAGGAAGCAGCGCCACUGGAACUGUGGCACAGCAGACACCUUAGAGAGGCAUUAGAAUUGGCCCCACCUUAAGAAGCGCAGACUACGGCUGGCAGUGCCUUUGCUAGUAUACUGUGUUGCCUGCAUCUGUGUAUGUGUGUACUCCCCACCCCCUUCCUCUUUAAUGGUCAAAUGUAAAAUCUGUAUAGAAUGGAAUUAGUGAAAGCUUAUAUGGUAAAUACAUUUUUGCAAUGCUGUAAUUUAUUUUUACUAUUGGUUUAAUCCUAUUACAUUAAAAAGUCACCUUCCAGCUUUUUUUUAAAGCUCCUAAGCAAUUUGUUCAUGCGAUACGAACUGUGUAAGAAGCUAUUCAAAUAAACAGUCCCUGUCAAAA